GAUCAUCCUUUUUCAGGGUUAGUUCUUCAAAAUUCAAAAUCAGUUAGCUGAAGAACAGAAAGGAAAAGAACAGAGCUGAAUUUACAGAAAAGUAUUUUUUUUUUUCCUUUUUCUUUUCUAAGGAUCUUGGAAUCCUUUUCCUGGUAUAGGCAGAACAUUAGAGAUAUAUAUAUGGUAGUGGGAAGUGAUUCUUCCCCCUAAAACAUUUUCUUUUCUAUUGAGUCAUGGCUUCAGCUUCGAGGGAUCAUCGUUUUUGGCCUUCUGUUUGUGGUUGAUUAAAGCUGAAGGGAACAAGAACAAAGGCAAAAGGGCACCAGAACCAUCCAAGGCAUGACCUUUAAUCGGACACCUUCAUCUUCUAUGAGCAGGCAAGCCCCAACAUCAAUCAUUUGGAGCCAUGGCAGAUAAGUAUGGACCAAUCUUUUGCUUUCAUAUUGGCCUGCGCAAAACUUUUUUGGUUAGCAGCUGGGACGCAGCAAAAGAAUGUUUCACUACCAUGGACAAAGCAUUUGACACUCGACCCAGAUCCUUGGCAGGAAAGCUCAUGGGCUAUGACCAUGCCAUGUUUGGCUUCUCUCCUUACGGGCCAUACUGGCGUGAGGUAAGGAAGCUGGCCUCGGUUGAGCUCCUCUUAAACCGCCAGCUUGAGUUACUCAACCAUGUCCGGGACUCAGAAGUCAAGCUUUUCAUCAAAGAGCUCUACGGGCAAUGGAUACAAAAUGGGGACAGGCCUGUCUUGGUCGAGAUGAAGGAGAAGUGUUGGUUCCUGGCAGCAAAUGUAAUGGUGAGCGAAGUAGCUGGGAAACGGUAUUUUGGCACCGUUACAAAUGACUAUGAGUCAAGACGGUGCCGGAAGGCCCUUGAAGAUUUGUUAUAUCUGUCGGGGAUAUUUAUGGUUUCUGAUGCAAUUCCCUCCCUUGGCUGGUUGGACACUGUGAGAGGAUAUACGGCAAAAAUGAAGAGAAUAGCUAGGAAGGUGGAUCAGGUGCUGGGAAGCUGGGUGGAGGAGCAUCGCCGGAAGAGGUUCUCUGGAAGCAUGAACGAGGCUGUGCAAGACUUCAUCCAUGUCAUGCUGUCUGUUAUUGAGGAUGAUCAGUUCUCUGAUCAUGACCAUGACACUGUCAUUAAGGCUACUUGCUUGACUCUAAUAAUAGGCGGCUCUGAUUCAACGGUGAUCACACUGACCUGGGCCCUCUGUCCGCUAAUGAAAAAUCCCAGCACUCUAAAAAGAGCGCAAGAUGAGUUAGACAUCAAAGUGGGAAAGCAUCGCCAAGUGGAUGAGUCAGACAUAAAGAACCUAGUCUACUUGCAAGCCAUCAUCAAGGAAACCUUACGACUGUACCCUGCUGCACCGCUUUCAGUGCCACGUGAGGCCAUGGAGGAUUGCACCAUGGCAGGCUUCCACAUCCAAGCUGGGCGCGCCUUUUGGUUAACCUCUGGAAGCUGCACAGGGACCUCAGAAUUUGGUCGGAUCCUUUGGAGUUCCAACCUGAGAGGUUUCUAACGAAGCAUGUGGAUUUGGAUGUUAGGGGUCGAAAUUUUGAAUUUCUGCCAUUUGGGUCAGGCAGAAGGGUAUGCCCAGGAA